GCCGCCAAUUUUCAAUUUUACAACGCGCGACCCGGUUCCGUUCCGGAGUAGAAAAAAAUCUGUGUCGGAGCUGUCUUGGUUUUUCAGGUGGCUGAGACUUCUCAAAGGAACGGCACGGCAGCACUAUACCUAGGCGUCUGAGAGCAGAACAUGGUGAGCUGUAACUAGUGACUUUGAUCCCGAGAUGUUUGGCUUAGAUCGAGACCAGAGUGGGCACUUAUUGGAAUCAGCGCCUACUAUUUCUCCCCAAUAACUUGUACUGUGUUCCCACAGGACGUGUUUCUCAUGGUGAGACGUGAAAAGCAGACCAUCUUCCUGGACGCCACAGAAGAAGACACGGUGCUACAGCUGAAGAAGAAGCUGGAGCCCAUAGUGAAGCGGGCACCAGAGGACCAGAGGCUGUAUAACGUGGACACCAAAGACCCUCUGGAGGACAAUAAGACUCUGGGUGACUGUGGGUACAAGGCAACAACAGCUCGGGCCCAGGACCCAGCCUCAAUAGGCCUGGCAUUCAGACUAAAUGACGAUACAUUUGAGCAAGGAUACAUCAAGACCUACACCAUUCCUCCCGAACUGCCAGACGUCAUGAAACCUCAGGAGGGCACUGUCCCUCCAGCAGGACUCAGCUCAGAAUAGGAGACACGCGACCGCGAUAUAUUUUCCGUCCAUGACACUUACAGCCAGUACUAUUGCGUUGUUUUUAGUUAUCCAUACCAAUUGUGCUUGACACUCAUUAUCAUGCAUUGUGUGUAUGUGUCACUGUUGAUUUUUAUGGACAUUAACACACUGCUUUACGUAUGCA